GUGCGGACCUACAACUGGCCGCCCAUCCAGCUCAACUUUUGGAUCUUUGUUAUUCUGCUCGCCUCGACGUCCAUCAUUGGCGUCUUUUCCAGCUUUAUCCAGAUCCAGGAGCAGCUCCUCCUCCCGAUUCCUUGGUACUUUCCCUACUUUAUCACCGUCGGCUCCCUCACCGUCAUCUUCAUCAUCGGCAUCUUCUGGCUCAUCGCUCAACGACGUCUACUCCCUGCGAUUGUCAUGAUCGGCGCCUUCAUGUUCUUUGUGCUAUGGCUCGUCGGACUCGUCAUUGUCGGAAUACAACUGUUUGGACCUAAUGGGUCGAUCCAGAGCGUUUGCGACGUGCAGGUCUUUGGGCGUAACCCAACAGGGCAGAGCGAACGAACCAUGGCGUGGCUGCAACAGCGAAACAUCUGUCAAUGUUGGCAGUUGGUUUUCGCCAUGUCGCUGACAGGUACCGUCUUUUUCAUCUGGGUCAUGAUCAUGGCCUACCAGGUGUUUGUCAAC